UGCGCAGGCGCGUGCGGUCGGGGGGAGGGGGCCCCUGAUGCGCGCGGCGCGGUUGAAGGUAGAGUGAGUUGCUGAGGUGACCCGGUGAAUACUUGUAUCUCCACCAUGGCAGCUCUCCGCUACGCCGGCCUGGACGACACGGACAGUGAGGAUGAGCUGCCUCCGGGCUGGGAGGAGAGAACCACCAAGGACGGCUGGGUAUACUACGCCAACCACACUGAGGAAAAGACCCAGUGGGAACAUCCGAAAACCGGCAAAAGAAGACGAGUUGCAGGAGAUUUGCCAUAUGGAUGGGAACAAGAGACUGACGAGAAUGGACAAGUGUUUUUUGUUGACCACAUAAAUAAAAGAACUACCUACUUGGACCCAAGAUUGGCAUUUACUGUGGAUGAUAAUCCAACAAAGCCAACUACCAGACAGAGAUACGAUGGUAGCACCACCGCCAUGGAGAUCCUGCAGGGCCGGGACUUCACAGGGAGAGUGGUCCUGGUUACCGGAGCAAAUUCAGGAAUAGGGUUCGAAACCGCCAAAUCCUUUGCCCUCCAUGGUGCACAUGUGAUCCUGGCCUGUAGGAACAUGAGCAGAGCCAGUGAGGCAGUAUCCCGCAUUCUGGAAGAAUGGCACAAAGCCAAGGUAGAAGCAAUGACCCUGGACCUGGCUGUGCUCCGUAGCGUGCAACAUUUUGCUGAAGCGUUCAAGGCCAAGAAUAUGUCUCUUCAUGUGCUUGUGUGUAAUGCGGGGACUUUUGCUCUACCCUGGACCCUCACGAAAGAUGGCCUGGAGACCACCUUCCAGGUGAACCACCUGGGACACUUCUACCUUGUCCAACUCCUGCAGGAUGUUUUGUGUCGCUCAGCCCCUGCUCGUGUCGUCGUGGUCUCUUCUGAGUCCCACAGAUUUACAGAUAUUAACGAUUCCUCAGGGAAACUUGACCUCAGCCGCCUGUCUCCAUCUCAGAGUGACUACUGGGCCAUGCUGGCUUAUAAUAGAUCCAAACUUUGCAAUCUCCUCUUCUCCAAUGAGCUGCACCGUCGCCUCUCCCCACGAGGGGUCACAUCAAAUGCAGUGCACCCUGGAAACAUGAUGUACUCAUCCAUUCAUCGGAACUCAUGGGUAUACAUGUUACUGUUCACCUUGGCCAGGCCAUUCACCAAGUCCAUGCAACAAGGAGCUGCUACAACUGUCUACUGUGCAGUCGCCCCUGAGCUGGAAGGCCUCGGAGGGAUGUAUUUCAACAACUGCUGCCGUUGCCUGCCAUCUGAAGAGGCUCAGAGCGAAGAGACAGCCCGGGCCCUGUGGGAUCUCAGCGAGAGGCUCAUCCAGGAUCGACUGGGGAGUCCAUCCAGCUAAUCAGAGCCCUGUAGUUUUGGGCAAACCCCCACCCAUGCUCUGACCCUCAUCACUGCUAGCCCCAUCAUCCAAGGGUUCCCCUAACCCUCCAGGGCAGAGCCAUGAGAGUAAAAGAAAUAAGAACAGCUUAAUCAAUUGGAAAAGGUUGAGGGUCAGUGGGAAGCAGGGAUGUUCAAGGGACAAAGCUCCUUUUCUAGGACAGGGUUAGUCAUGGGUCUGCUUGCUUUUCUGGUGGUGGCCUGCUUGAAACUGGAAGCAUAAUUAACAUGUAGGUUCCUUUGCUCAUUGUAGAAGUGUAAGUGAUUCCGUAUUACCUUUAGAAUAUCCUAAUGUCCCCUUGACCCACCUAAGCACCACCAGAGCCACCACUGCCACCCAAGACGCGCUUUCUCUUAUUGAGGGAAGAAAGAGCACAUGUUCACCUCUCCAUCCUGAGUUCAGUCCUGAAGGCCAAUGUUUCAUACUUCCCUACCAAGUCUGACCAGACUCGGCAACUUUGAGAGCAACUCAGUACCAUGUCCCAACAGAACCAAUGUGAUGAUGUCAUCAGAGGGGAGCAGAGCCGGUGUGCAGAGCUAGUGGGUCCCAAGAGUACCACCCCGCUGUCUUCCUUGCCAAAGCUAUGCAAGCAAUUCUUUAGAGAGUAUACUAAACACAUUCUGAGAAUCAUUCCCUAGACACACAGAUGGGCAAGGAAGGAAGCAAGGCAUCCUUAAGAUACACAGGAUAAUUCUUAAGGUGUGAAACAAGAAGUAGUUCCCUUCGUUCUUCACUCACAGUUCCAAGAACGACCUCCGUAGUGAGUGCCAUGGCCUCCAGUGCUCCCAAAUUACCAUCUAGCUUCAGCUUCCCUUGGUUCUUCCCAUUUUAUGCUUAAUAAAAGAACAUGCUUGAUUAUGAUCGCCUGAA